UUAGGUUCACCUCAAAACUCAACGGAAACCAAGAAGAACACAUGGUGAUUGAUAUUGUUGGUGAUUACGUCGACGCUCAGGGGCUUCUUCGUGUUGGAGGAGAUCAUGAUCAUGAUCAUAUUCGUAGUGUUGGAGCCAUGCCUAAUUACGUCAACUCUCUCUCCUCUUGGGAGAUGGACUCCGUCACUGCUCUCUGCGACACCUUCUUGCCGUCCGUUGAUAUUGUCUCCGACGUUACUGCCGACGACUCCAUCGUCAAGUUCUACGCCACUUGUGCUUCCAUGGCCGGAACUCCAGAACGUCUAGGGGGAUUAUUUAGCGAGAGAAUGGAACACCCAAAGAAGUGGAUGAUCCGAUUGGCACUGUUCCUUUUAUCAACAUGGAUUGGGACCUUCAUACUAUGCGGGAGAGCAAGCCUUUCAAGCAAAUUCCCAUACUUUCAAAGAUUUUCUCAGGUGUCUAGGCAGAAAAGGGAAGAAAUCGUGUUUUCCUGGUCUCUCAGUUUCUUCUAUAAACUAAGAAUGCUCUUCAGGACCAUGAAGCUUCUCGUUCUAUAUGUUUUCUUCACUCAGGUGGAUGAGAAGGAUGAUAACCUAUCAUGGAAAGCAAUCGGCUACACUGGACCAGACUCAAAGUUCAAACCCCAAACUCAGCAACAGUCCAAGACAUUAAAACAAACUGGAUUCAGAGAAUGUGAUGAUCAUCAACAAGAAGAAGAAACAUUAGAAGACUUUUGUGGACCUCUUUACAGAGGCCUCAUUAAUCUGAAGAAACCAAGGGACACGGCUGUUGAUAUGCUUCGAGGGUUUGGGUUUCCUGUCUCAGUUCCCUCUCGGAAGCCCAAUCCUUCAGGUUCAUCUAAUCAUUCUUUAGCUAUCAAAUGUGAUGCAGUUGUGGUUGGUUCUGGCUCAGGUGGGGGAGUUGUUGCUGGUGUUUUGGCCACGGCUGGCUACAAAGUACUUGUCUUGGAGAAAGGAAAUUACUUUGCCAGGAAAAAGCUCUCACUUCUUGAAGGCCCAACCAUGGAUCAAAUGUAUUUGUCUAGUGGUUUUUUGGCAACAGAUGAUACGAGUGUGCUAAUUCUUGCAGGCUCCACAGUCGGCGGAGGCUCUACAAUUAACUGGUCUGCCUCAGUUCGAACCCCUCAGCAUAUAAUUAAGGACUGGAGUGUGUGCCAUGAGCUAGAAAUAUUUGAUAGUGAACUAUACAAAGAAGCCAUGGAUGUUGUCUGCGAAAAAAUGGGAGUUCAAUCUGAAUUCCAAGAUGAAGGAUUCCAAAACGCAAUCCUUAGAAAAGGGUGUCAAGAAUUGGGUUAUCCUGUGAAUACCAUUCCUCGAAAUUCACCAUCAGAUCAUUAUUGUGGUUGGUGUUGUCUUGGCUGCAAGGAUGGGAAAAAGAAAGGCACCUCGGAGACAUGGCUUGUGGAUUUAGUAAGUUCAGGCAAUGGAGUUAUUCUUCCUGGUUGUGAGGCCAUCAAAGUCUUGAACAAAAGAAAGAAAGGAAGAGAGAGGAAUAUAGCAACUGGGGUUGCUUUCGAGUACGUGUAUAAAGGAGCAAAAGAAAUUUGUGUAGUUGAGUCUAAGGUGACUAUCGUUGCAUGUGGCGCCCUCAGUACACCAGCAUUGUUGAAAAGAAGUGGGUUGAAGAAUGCCAACAUUGGAAAGAACUUGCAUCUACAUCCAGUGGCAAUGUCAUGGGGCUAUUUUCCGGACAAAUCCCCAUCCGAUAUUUGGCCAGAGGCAGAGAAGAAAAGCUAUGAAGGAGGGAUAAUGACAGCAAUGUCUCCAGUUGUUGCAAAUUUUGAUGGGUCUGGAUAUGGAGCAUUGAUACAGACACCUUCAUUGCACCCCGGUACGUUCUCCGUGUUAAUGCCGUGGGUUUCUGGCACAGAUAUAAAAAACCGAAUGUCCAAGUUUUCUAGGACUGCCCAUAUAUUUGCAUUGGCAAGGGAUAAAGGUUCAGGAACAAUGCUUUCACCGAGUUCAAUUAGUUACCAAAUGGAAGUUGCUGAUGAAGAGAAUCUAAAGAAAGGGAUAGAAAAGGUACUGAGGAUUUUGGCAGCAGCCGGAGCUGAAGAAAUCGGGACUCAUCACGUAAAAGGAAAGACCCUAAACGUAAAGAAAGCAAGCUCUCAUGAGUUUGAGAAGUUCGUGAACGAGGAAAGUUCAAGGCCAUUGAGAGGGCUUUCGUCUCCCUUAUGUUCAGCGCAUCAGAUGGGUAGCUGCAGGAUGGGGGUUGACCCAAAGAAAUCAGUGGUGAACCAGGUGGGAGAGACAUGGGAGGUGGAGAGGCUUUUCAUAGCUGAUACGAGUGUCUUUCCAACAGCUUUAGGUGUGAAUCCAAUGAUCACUGUUCAGGCUAUUGCUUAUUGCACUGCACAAUCUGCUCUUGAAGUUCUUAAGAGGAAGAAGUGCUUAUUGGACGAGUGUUAAGUUCAUGAAAAAAUCUUAAGAAAUAAAAAGUUUCAAUUUAUAUAAAGACUUGAUGUAAUCUAUUUGUUAGUAAAAUAAGAUUUUAUAAUGUAGCUUAUAACAUCAAGCCACGUGUAAGUUUUCUUUUAUAAUAUAUAUCUCUUUGGUGACCAAA